UUUAUCGAUAUUUUGACCUCCUUUUUAUUAUUUUUCUCCUUUCUCUCUUUCCGUGUACUCUUCGCCGGCCAAAUACGAAUACGAUCCAUUCUCCUCUCUCUCCUCUCUUGGUCAAAGUAAGAGGGGGACGAAGAAGACGAAGAAGAGGAGAGUUUUCUAUUUAGAACGAGAUUAGCUUCGUAGAUUUAGGCGAAACCCCAUAAGUAGGCGCAUUCGAUCGAAACCCACUUCGAUUUAGAUCUCUAACCUCUCUGAAAAAACCCUUUUUUGGUUUUUGAUUUUGGGAUACCCAUGAUGAACCACACGGGCGCCUCCGCCACCGGAUCGAGCUCCGGAUCGGGCGACGGGGCGAAUCCGAGGAGGAACUCGAAGAGGCCCAAGUAUUCCAAGUUCACACAGCAGGAGCUUCCGGCGUGUAAGCCGAUUCUUACUCCCCAAUGGGUCAUAUCGGUAUUCAUUCUUGUCGGCGUCAUCUUCGUUCCUAUUGGCGUCGCUGCGUUGUUAGCUUCCAAUAACGUUGUUGAAAUCGUUGAUCGAUAUGAUGCCGCCUGUGUGCCGAAUAACAUGACCAACGAUAAACUUUCUUACAUCCAAAAUAAAACGAUCAGCAAAACUUGCACAAGAGUACUUACGGUUCCAAAGGAUAUGAAUCAGCCUAUCUAUGUCUACUAUCAACUUGAUAACUUCUACCAAAACCACAGGAGGUAUGUGAAGAGCCGAAAUGACCAACAAUUGAGAGAUUCCAGCAAGGCAAAUGAGACAAACUAUUGCGACCCAGAGAAAACCACCCCAGAUGGUUCCCCAAUUGUUCCUUGCGGUCUUAUAGCGUGGAGUUUGUUCAAUGAUACGUACAGCUUUACGCGUGGCAAUAAAAACUUGACGGUGAACAAGAAAGACAUUUCGUGGAAGAGUGACAGGGACCACAAAUUUGGAAAGGAUGUCUUUCCCAAGAACUUCCAGAAUGGAACUCUCAUAGGCGGCGGAAAGCUUGAUCCUAACAAAUCUCUGAGCGAACAGGAGGAUCUUAUUGUUUGGAUGCGCACUGCAGCACUUCCAACAUUCAGAAAGUUUUAUGGGAGAAUUGAGGUUGAUCUAAAAGAAAAUGACACCAUAACGGUGACAUUGGAGAACAAUUACAACACGUACAGUUUCAAUGGCAAGAAGAAGCUGGUGCUUUCGACCUCAAGCUGGCUUGGAGGAAAGAAUGACUUCCUCGGCAUUGCAUACCUCACUGUGGGUGGACUCUGCUUCUUUCUGGCGACAUCAUUUACUAUUGUAUACUUGAUAAAACCAAGGAAACUCGGAGAUCCAUCAUACUUGUCCUGGAACAGAAAUCCUUCCGGCCGGUGAAUACUGACUCUCAGAUAUUCUGUAUCAUGAUUUACCAGCUCACCUUGCAUAUUAUGUAUCUUGUACUCAUGAGGAGACAUAUUAACUAGAUAAUCAUCGUAUAUAUAUGUUUGGGGGUGAGCUAUAUACUUGUGGUAGGUUCUUAGAUUUUGUAUGGAAACGAGUUUUAAUUCUCCGCGUGUGUAAUUUAGCUAAAAGAUUUUAUAGAACUUCUUGAUUCUUUGACUGCUGAAUACUAUAAAGUAGCGAAUGGCCUUGCCAAUAUUUACAA